UUCCGAUUCUAAAUUUAUUAUUUUAUGUUUUCAGGGAAAGUGUCUGGAAUUGUGACCAGUUUACCAAUUAUUGGUGGAAUCACAGCAUGUGGGAUCUUCCUUCUUAUAGUUUCUAUAAUUGGUCUUAUUGGAGCCAUGAGACAUCAUCAGGUGACGUUGUUUGUUUACAUGAUCGUCCUGUUCUGUAUCUUCAUAAUCCAGUUCUCUGUAUCCUGCGCUGCUCUUGGAGUAAACGACAAGGAUGAAGAAGUUAUUUUGAAUAUGGGCUGGAAAACUGCUGCUAACGAGACUAAGCUAGAUGCUGAGAAACUAUUCGACUGCUGCGGACUUACUAACUCUACCAACCCUAUGGAUGCUUACAAGUAACAUUUACUAUGUAUACGCAA